CGAACACUUCAUGCUGUUUCUUGCUAGUCGUAACAUGCUCGAAUAGGGCUGCAUAAUCGAAAACUCAGGUGCGAUUCAGUUGUUCAGUAGAAGCAGUCCUCCGAACAGAAUGUACCUGAAAAUGAACGAUUUCACUCCAGUGACUCAGAAUUAAACCCAACGAAAGCCACACCCUCACAGGGCUGGUCGGUAAAUAUACCCCAACUGUUAUAUCAAAUACUGAAGGUGAGUCUCCGAAACAUCUCCGGUGUGGGAAAGUUGGGAUUUUGCCUAUCUGAGUUCUCAAAGUUCACGAAAAAUAAAAAAACUGGACGGAUCCCUCGCUUGUGAAGUCGAGGUUUACAGAAGAGCCCUAAACAAGACAUGGGGAUAUUAUAUUCGGAGCCCAUUUGCCAGGCCGCUUACGAAGACGACAUCCACCAGGUGUAUCGCCUCCUGGUCUCGGACGCCAGGAAAAUCGACGCUCAAGAUGAAAGUACUGGAGACACUCCACUCAUCGCUGCCUGCAGGAGGGGGAGCGAAAGGCUAGCCAAGUAUCUUCUGGACCAGAAUGCAGACGUGACGAUUCGAAACAAGAAACAGAGGACAUGCUUGCACUACGUCGCACGGAGAACGUUCUCUUUCCUGGACUACCUGAUGAUUGCUAUUCUUAUGCCAAUUCUACUAAUUGGCUACUUGAUAAUGGAGGAAAAGCAAAGAAAGACCACUAAUUUAAUGAAGACGAUUUUGAGCAGUAAAGUGGAUAUUGAUGCUGUAGACAACAAAGGGAACACUGCAAUUCAUUACGCCUGCCAGAGGAGGAGUCACCGGCUCAUGGCUUUGUUGCUGGAGAAAAAUGCAGAUAUUUCCAUAAAAAACAAGGAUGGCGAGACGCCCCUGGAUAUGGCACGAAGGUUAAAAUUCAACAAGAUUGUGGCCAUGCUGAGGAAAGCGGACUGAGAGGAGGAAUGGGAACGGAGAUGAGUAGGAAUGUUUUCGCCAUGGCAACACCACGCCAUCAGGACGCCGUUGAACUGCAGAUUGACUGUAUGAAUAUGGGUCACAGAAAGUGCCUUGCUAGAAAACCAAGCCUUUGGGUUCCCUGCUCUUACCAGUAGUUGUUAUUGUAUUUAAUUCUGGUUCCCCUAGUGUACAUCUGGGGAAAACCAUUGGUGAAACAGUUAAGUUGGAAUUUGCACCAAAUAAUUUUUAACUUCGAUGUCAUUCUUCCUUUGACUGUUACAUUGUUCUAGCAAGGGCUCUCUCCCACAUUAAGCACUAUUAUUACAGGUUUGUUUUUCAAUGAAAUCACUUAAGACACUAUACAAGACAGUUUUUGAGUUGCAAAUCUUCACAUUUUUACAACUUCAUUGUAGCUACAGAAGUGACUUGUGAAGCUAUAUUCAACCAUGAAUUUAUGUCAUGUGGUUUUAUAUUUUGUGCUUAUAUCACAUUUUAUUUUUAUAUAGUAGUGAAUGUACAACUUUAAAUAAAUAAUAUUGACAUACCAGUGAUUACACUGGUGUACUGCCAGCAAAUAUAAAAAGAAAGCUCUGA